GCUGAAUCUUAUCCUGGCCCUCGUCCCAAUGGCCUCAUGGAUGGGGAGCCCGCAAUCGUACUUAUUGAUGCCUUUGAGAGAAUAGAUCCAAACCAUAGGACUGCAAUUGGAAAGCUAUACGAUCUGUACGACUCUAGCUACUUGAUCACGGGCAGAGCCUUACCCGAUGCCCAGAGAUUUGCCAUUAACUUUGUGUUGGAAAACAACGAUGUAGCCCUGCACAUCAAUCCACGAUUCGAUCAACAAUGUGUUGUCCGCAACAGCCAGGUAAGCGGCUCUUGGGUCCGUGAGGAAAGGCAGUCCACAUUGCCAUUUCUGUUUCGGCGCGGCGAGUACUUUGCCAUUCAGGUGCUCGUCACACAGAGCUGUUACCUGAUAUCCUUCAAUGGCCAUCACAUGGAGCCCUUCGUACAUCGAAUGUCAUACGCCAAAGUUCGUUAUCUCGAAGUGGCAGGACAUGCGGAGGACAUACGUAUACAUCGUUCUGAGGUUCACAGCUAUCCCAAACAAUUCAUAGAUGGAAUGCCUGAACCUUACAUGCCGUUGGAUUUACAUCCCACAAAUUACAAUAACGAUAUCGAAGUGGAGCCACUUAACGAGGGAGAUAGUUUCCUUUUCAGUGGGGAAAUCGAUCCGAAGUGUGAAGUAUUUGAGAUAUCGUUUAUAUAUCCGAAUGCAGCAUACAGAGACUUUCCCUUCCACCUUAAGUCUCUCUUCAAGAAGAAUCAAUUCUUAAUGAAUAGCAAAAUAAAUAACGAGUGGUGCCGCAAUGCUGUCUCCAAUCGAACCCCAUUCCGCAAAGGCGAAAGAUUUACCAUUCAGGUGCUCAUCACAAUCGACUUUUACCUGAUAGCCAUAAAUGGUCGACACUUUACCAAGUUUGCCCAUCGGAUUCCCUUCCAAGGCGGUAACUUACUCAGAGUCCAGGGUGGCAUUCACGAUGUCAAAAUGCAUCGCACUAGAGUGCUGGACUACCCUCAAUCCACAUUGCAAAGGCAAAUUUUGUGAAGAUUCAUGCAGUUCUUACGGCUUAA